CAGCCGCACCAAUACACCAACACCUGCAGCAUUGCUAGCCUAGAGAGAGAAAGAGUUUAGUUUCUAGAGUGAGAAGCAUGCCCAAAAGUUCUAAAAAUAGAAAAAAGAGAAGUUUUGAGUGCUCUAGAGAGAGAAAGCUUAUUGAUACAUUUCUUUAGUACUAGAAGAUCAAUGUGGUUCUAGCUUUAGGGAUCAGGAUAUUAAAAAAAAGUUUGCAAGUGGGGGAGAGAUAAAGAGAGAGAGAGAGAGAGAGAGAGAGAGCAUUGGUUUUUUUAAAGUAUUCAUUUAUUUUUCCUGGGUUUUAAAUUUGGAAACCCAAAAGUUAAUUUGUUGUUAUAUUAGACAACAGCAAAAGUUUUUUUUUUGUUUUAUAUGGAGAGGGGUUGGUAGGAGCAACAUAAGAGGGGGGAGAGAGAGAGGACAGAGAGAGGAGAGAGAGAGGGAGAGAAAUGGUGGGCUCAAGCAAUGCAGAAGAGAAUCAGCAAGAUGGGAAUGAUUAUCUCUACAAUGCACUGUGGCGUGCAUGCGCCGGCCCUUUAGUAUCAAUUCCUUGUAUUGAUGAUAAAGUUUUCUACUUCCCUCAAGGCCACAUUGAGGAGAUUGCUGCUCAUUCAAGUAGAGAUGGCGAUAGGCAACUUCCCAAUUAUGAUUUGCCUUCUAAGAUAUUAUGUAGAGUUGUAAAUGUUGAGCUCCAGGCAGAACGCGACACUGAUGAAGUGGUUGCUCACGUGACUUUGAUUCCUCAAUCAGAGCAGGAUGAGAGCACAUCUGAGAGGGAAACAGUACAGGUUUCAGCAGCUCCUCAACAAACUGUAGUGUCGUUUUGUAAAAUCCUGACAGCCUCUGAUACUAGUACACAUGGAGGAUUCUCGGUUUUAAAGCGACACGCAGAUGAGUGCCUUCCUCAGCUGGAUAUGACUCAGAACCCCCCGGCACAAGAGUUGGUAGCUAAGGAUUUCCAUGGGACAAGGUGGGGCUUCCGUCAUAUUUAUCGCGGCCAACCAAAAAGGCACUUGAUUACAACUGGCUGGAGUACAUUUGUGAACUCAAAGAAACUUGCUGCUGGGGAUGCUUUCAUUCUCAUCAGAGGUGAGAACGGGGAACUACGUGUUGGAGUUCGUCGUGCACUGAAGCGACAAAGCCUUGCAUCUUUAUCAGUCAUAUCAGCACAUAGCAUGCAGAUUGGUGUCCUUGCAUCUGCUAGACAUGCUAUCAACACUGGGACCAUGUUCAGUGUCUAUUAUCGGCCUAGGACAAGUCCUUCAGAAUUUAUCGUUUCUUAUGAUCGGUAUAUGGAAUCCAUGAAGAUAGAUUAUUUAGUUGGAACAAAAUUCAGAAUGAAAGUUGAAGGACGAGAUGGUCAAGAAGAACGAUAUGCAGGUGUCAUUAUCAGCGUUGAAGACAGGGAGCCAGCAACAUGGCCUGAUUCAAAAUGGAAGUGUCUCAAGGUGCAAUGGGCUGAAAGGGCUGACAAGGCUACCGGUGUACAACCAGAGAGGGUUUCGCCAUGGGAAAUAAUGCCAUUUUCAGCUGCAACGGGCAGUUCUUCAUCUACAUCACGCCCCAAGAGACAGCGUGCUGCUCAUUUGCCAUCUCGAUCUGAAUCGUCUUCUUCCCAAAGAGAUGGCUCUUUGAUGCUUUCUACCGAGCUUGCUGCUCGACAUGAUGAUGUCUUACAAGGUCAAGAAAAGAUAGCUCGAGGUCUAAGCUUUCAUGUUGACUCUAAUGAAACAGGGAAUGCACAUAUGCGCUUCCAUGAACAGAACCAGAAAGGUACAGAGGGCCCGUCUUGCUCUCGUCAGCAUGAGCUUCACCAAGAAAACAAAGCAUUUAAGCUCUUUGGUGUCAGUAUUCCAGCAAAUUCAGUGUGCUCAAUUUUACCUCAUUCAGCCACUUCUGGUGAAAUUCAGAAACCAUUAACUGAGAAAACAAUGAGUGCAAGUCGUUGUGAAUCCGGGGGUUCUGUAAGUGCCAGUGGGCAAUCGACCUCCACUGACACUAUCGUUACUCGUAGCUGCAUCAAGGUUCACAAAAUGGAAACUGCACUUGGGAGGUCAGUUGACCUUUCGAAGUUUAAUGGCUACAGGGAACUUAUUGACGAGCUUGAUAAGAUGUUCGAGUUUCAUGGAGGUUUGGUGGACAGUAGCAAGGGUUGGAAGGUCAUUUACACCGAUGCUGAAGGAGACAUCAGGAUCGUUGGGGAUUUUUCAUGGUCGGAUUUCCUCUUAUCAGCACGGAAGAUCUACAUUUACCCUGAAGAGGAGGUCGAGAAGUUACAAAGCUCAAGUGCAUAACACCGGAGGCUUCAUGAAGCACUUGGUCUGAAGAGCAUGCUGAGUUGUUGGGGAAGGUUUUAACAGUUCCCCAUCUCUUGUGAAUGUAAAUUGAAGUUUAGGGGCAAAAUUAGGUAGAGGAGUAAAAAAUAACUUGGAAAAUUGAACUUUUUAUUUUCCCUUCCAUUUGUGGAUUCUGAAUCUGGCAUCCUGUUGUUUUCUUGAGACUAUCAUGUUUUAGUUUCUUGGGUUAAUGAGGAGUAACUUGUUUAUAACAAUAUAUAAGAUGGGUCUGUGUUUUGAGUUUCUUGGGUCAAUAAGAUGUAACUUGUUUAUAACGA